AGUUUUAAAACAAGAUUCAUAAUAAGAAAUCAAAGUUUAUUCCAACUAAUUAUUAGUUUAUAGUGUCUUUAGACCAUAGAUUAGUUGAUUUAGAAUGAUAAUAGUUGUUUAUGAUAUGUAUCUUCUUUUUAAUGAAAAUCCUAUCCUUGAUGGGUAUACGUGGCCAGACAUGAUUCGUGUUUUGUACCGAGCUCAUGACUAGGAUCAAUCACAUAAAGAUUUAUCUUAAUGAGAUAGUAAGCUUGUGGGUUUAUGAGUAGCAGAAAAAACCAAAAGAAGGGCAGGCUGCUGGUAUAAUGACCACCACCAUUUCCUCCAUCUUCCUCUUUGCUUCUCUACUUCUCCUAUGCGUUCUCCCCACCUUUGAGCAGCGAGAAUUAACAGCCGAUAGCCACCACCAUACUCUCCAAGUCAGCUCUCUUCUUCCUUCAUCUGUUUGCAGUUCUUCCAAAGUUGCCGACGAGAGGUUAUCAUCUCUGAAAGUAGUGCACAAGUAUGGGCCAUGCUCUCAACUCCAUCAGCAAGAAUCAAAUCCUGCGACCCAUGCCGACGCCCUCCUCCAGGACCAGGGUCGAGUAAAUUCAAUCCACUCAAGACUCGCUAAGACCUCCAGCGACGUGAAGGAGACAGACGCUACCAAAAUUCCAGCCAAGGACGGGAGUGUAGUGGGGUCGGGAAAUUACGUCGUUACUGUGGGUAUCGGAAACCCGAAGACAGAUCUAUCUCUCAUAUUCGACACCGGAAGCGACAUCACUUGGACUCAAUGCCAACCUUGCAUUCGAUACUGCUAUGCACAGAAGGAAUCCAUAUUCGAUCCUUCCAAAUCUAAAUCAUAUCUCAACAUUUCCUGCAACUCUCCGACUUGCAGUUCUCUGUCGUCUGCGACUGGGAAUGCAGGACGCUGUGUGUCUUCAACCUGUGUCUACGCAAUCCAAUACGGCGAUUCGUCUUACUCCGCCGGCUUCUUUGGAAAAGAAAGCCUAACCUUGACGUCGACGGAUGUUUUCAACGACAUUCCGUUCGGAUGCGGCCAAAACAACCGUGGGCUUUUUGGGGGCGCCGCCGGGUUGCUUGGGCUGGGCCGUGACAAAUUAUCCUUCCCAUCCCAAACGGCCCAGAAAUACAACAAAAUCUUCUCCUAUUGCCUACCGUCCUCCGCCAGCUCCACCGGGUACCUCACCUUUGGCAACAGUGACAUCUCCAAUUCCGUGCAAUUCACCCCCUUAGUCACGUUUCCCCGGGCACCAUCCUUCUACGGCCUUGACAUAUCCGGGAUUAGCGUCGGCGGUAAUAAAUUACCCAUCUCGUCGUCGCUGUUCACCAAUGCUCGAACCAUAAUCGACUCCGGAACAGUCAUCACGCGGCUUCCACCCACGGCAUACUCCGCUCUCAAGACCGCCUUCCGUCAAGCAAUGUCCCAGUACCCGAUGACACAGGCACUAAGCAUUCUUGACACGUGUUACGACUUCAGCAAUUACACUACCGUUAGCAUACCCAAGAUAAGCAUGUUCUUUGGCGGCGGUGUGAAGGUGGAUCUCGACAAGAGCGGAAUCAUGUACGCCGGCAAAGAUGCGUCACAAGUGUGCCUGGCGUUCGCCGGAAACGGUGAUGACUCCGAAGUGGGUAUUUUCGGGAAUGUGCAGCAGAAAACAUUGCAAGUGGUGUAUGAUGGCGCCGGGGAAAGAGUGGGAUUUGGUGCCGGUGGGUGUGACUAGGAAAUUUCAAGGCUAACUGAGAAGAGAAUCUUCGAGUUAGCUACUGAAUCUUAAUAAUAUAGUAACAAGAAUUGUCUUGGGAUUGAAGUUAAUUUGAUAUAUUAUAGGAAUAAAGUUGUGUCUGGUUUGGCUCUUGCAAGUUGUAACCUUAAAAAUUGCUAGCUUGAGUACUAAUAUACUCCAGCUUACAACUAGAAAUUGAGAUUUGAGAAUAUCAAGCUUGAGUUUAAAUGUAAUUAUCAUUUUUAGCACCUUUUGCCUUUUUAAAAUAUAUUUUAGUAUGCCAA